AGACCGGAUGAUUUUUUGAUUCGCUUAUAGUACGAACUGACAUAUCGACGACAGUAGAACGAAUAGAGUGAUAAUCGGUUGUUGAAAGGAAAUUUCGUUGAAAGUGAAUAAAAAAAUGAUGGCGUCAUUGUGGAAAAGCCUUCUAUUCCUUACAGCUGUUGUGCAGUUAUCCUUGGCCGCCUAUCCGGUAGUGCCUUUCCAACCCAAUGUAGCGAAUCUCUUCCUCACAGCUCACGAUCCUGCUAAAGCUAUGUCGUGCUUUGCGGAUUACAUGACGAAUGCGAACGACAUCAAUGAGAAAUACAGUAAAGAUUAUAAUCAAUGCAUACUGAAUGCUAAAAGUGAACGGGAGAAACUCGAAGAAGAGACCGUGGCAAAGAAGGCGCUGAUCAUAGAGGUGUCGUUAGAAGUCUGGGAACGUUUGAAUGAAUGCAACAAUAAAACCAACAACAUGGAUACAUUCAAAUGUCACGCUAAAGCGGGUGCACUUAAUAGCAAAGACGUUUAUGUGAUUUCCGGUAAUUCAUCCGAUUAUGUUAGCGCGCUCGAGGAGAGCUAUCGUAUCAUUGACUUACGUCACGAGCAAUGUUCCAAAUCCGCCGAACGCUCUUAUGUUCAAGCCUCCGCUGUCAAUUACGGUCAACUGCAGGAUUGUUUAGAAGGUAAAGUGCCCACCCCUGCACCCACACUCCCACCCUUGACACACACUACAACCUCAGCAUUCCCGGCUAUGACAUCCACAACACCAAAACCAACCACAACAGAUCCCAUACCAUCAAGUACUACUGACGACUCCAGCACAUCUGAUAGCCCCGAUGCUCGUGCCAUGUUCAUCGAAAAUUCUUCUCGCCCCAAGGGACCAUUUCAAACAGGGCAAUACGCAAAGCUUUUAAAUUUAUUAAAAUAAAACAAAAUAACUUGAACGCAAUAUAUUGGAUAUAAUUCAAUGAGAUGCAAGGACAACGAGCAAAUUAAAUUCAUUUUUAUUCCUCUCCUAUUAGUCUUAAAAAAAAAAAAU